AUGUGGAACGACGAAGAUAACAAUCCCUAUGGGGCCUUUGGCCAACACCAGUCUGGCCUAUCUGACUCCCUCCACUCAGCCGCACUCUCUCCUCCUCUCUACGAACAUGACUCAACCCCUCCAUCUAGUCGCGACUCUACUAGCGAGCCCCCAAAUUACAUCACCCAUCCCGAAGACCUCAGCGAUCCCGAGGAUGAGGCCGAGUAUGGUGCCGCUAGUGAACAAUACCCUCGGAAGAGCGUCUAUGACAGCCGGAUUGAGCAGCUCCUUUACGAAAACCCAGAGAUGCCAAUCUUGAUCACGGAUGCUGGGAAAAAUCAUGAGGGCGGCGGGGGCUUUAUUGUUUACACAAUUCGGACUGCGGAUCUGGAGGUGCGCCGUCGAUAUUCCGAGUUUGCAUCAUUGCGACAAACCCUUGUCAAUUUGCAUCCCACCUUGGUCAUUCCGCCGAUUCCCGAGAAGCAUAGCAUGGCAGACUAUGCAGCCAAACCUACCAGGGCCAAAGAUGAUGCGGCCAUUAUAGAUCUCCGAAAGCGCAUGCUUAGUGUGUUCCUCAACCGCUGCAGGCGUAUGAAGGAGGUCCGCGAAGAUGGGGUGUGGUGGAGAUUCCUUGAUCCCAACGUUAGCUGGAGUGAGGUUUUAAGCUCCCAUCCUGCAUCAUCGGUCCCAAAGAAUAACCUCAAAGCGCCACCUCUUGAUCCCGCAAACCCCACACCAGCCCAUGGCUGGCUCCCGAUUCCGUCUGCAUCCGCAAAACUCAAGCCCAGUGGUGGGAUUACCACAGCUGGGGGAAACGCAGUAUCGCCCACAUCACCGAGUGAGCCAGAGGCGCCUUCGUUCCCAGGACCUGAGGUCCUCGGGCGGUUCCCUCCCGAGUCACGCAAGCUUAGCGAGCAAGAACUGGACCCUUACUUUAUUAAUUUUGAAGCGUCUACGCGGGAGCUAGAACUACUUUUGCAGGGCAACAUUGAGAAAGUAAAUCGACGAACUCUCUCGCAUUUGUCUGGGCUCUCAGCCGAUCUCAUGGAGCUGGGAGCGCGCUACAACGGAUUCUCUCUUUCAGAGCAGUCACCAACAGUUGCUGCUGCCAUUGAGCGGAUUGGCCAGGCUGCGGAUACUUCUUAUAUUGAAACCGAAGAACUAUCCUCGGCUUUGAGCGCGAGUUUUGCAGAACCUAUGCGGGAGAGUGCUCAGUUUGCUAGUGUUGUUCGAGGAGUUCUACGAUACAGAGUCCUCAAGCGGGUACAGCAAGAGAUGACUCGCGAUGAGUUGUCGAAGAAAAAAACCCUACUAGACUCCCUCGAGCGCAGUGAACUGGAAGCCAAGCGCAUUGAGCAGUAUCUCAACCGCACUAGCCCUCAAUCUGGAGGGACCAAGCCUCGUUCUCUGUCAACCUCAUCCGCCAGCGACGCGGGCAAUAGCUCGGCCAUGUCAGCCGACUCAGGCCUCAGAUCUCACGACGAUUCCACCAGCCCUCCAUCUGGGUCGCAGACUGGAGGAAUCAAGAGGUCUGACCCGUCAGUACAAGGCUCUCCCGCUCAUCGGAAGUCAUCCAGCGGGACCUUCGUAGCGAACAAAAUCUUCGGUCGCAUCAGCCAUGCUAUUCAUGGGUUCGCAGAUGUGGAUCCCGAACGAACACGUCGGGACCAGAUUGGAAAAACCAAAGAAAGCCUAAUCCAGUUGGAGCACGCAUUAGAAGUGUCCGAAAAGGACGUCAAGGAUGCGAGCGCGGGCGUGCUGCAUGAUCUGAAGCGCUUCCAAAAGGACAAAGAAGCCGAUCUGCGACGGUACAUGGUCGCAUAUGCUCGUUGCCACUUAGACUGGGCACGGAAGAAUCUGGAGACAUGGACUGAAGCCAAAGAUGAGGUGGACAAGAUCGUGGCUCGAUAG